AAACUUUCACAGGGACCAGAGCCAAAGCCAGGAGAUUUGAUAGAAUUUUAUCGCACAGGCUAUCAGCAUUGGGGUGUAUAUGUUGGAGAUGGAUAUGUUGUACAUUUAACAGGUGAGGAUACAUAUCAAGCAGGCUGCUCCACCGCAUCUUCUGCAUUAAAAGGAACAGCUGUGGUGAAAAAGGAUCGUUUGGAGUUUGCCGCCUGCGGAUGCAAGUAUAGAGUGAAUAACAAGUAUGACAGCAAACGCUCCCCUUAUCCAGCUGGAAAAAUUGUUAACGCGGCAUUAAAAGAAGAAGGGAGAAAAAUGGAGUAUUCCCUCACUAGCGCCAACUGUGAACACUUUGCAACUAAUCUGAGAUAUGGAGAAGAAUUCUCUGAUCAGGUACUGUAUGAAUCACUGACAACUAGACAUUAUUACUGUUUAUAG